CCGGCGCGCGGAGCCGCACCCUCCCAGACCCGCGGGCUGGUCCUGGCCCCUCGGGGGUCCGCGCGCAGGAGAGGGCGGUCUGGGGCCCCGCCUCGCCUCUGUGACGCGGGCGGAAUCUGGAAUCCCGGCGGAGGCGGAGGCGGGAGGCAGCAGGAGCGGGGUCCCGGCCUCGGGCGGGCGCGGGGCGCGGCCAUGAGCGAGUCCAGCGCCAGCGCGCUCCCGGUGGGCAGGCCUGGCCCGCAGCGGUUCGUCCUCCAAGGACAGAGAGAAAUUGAGAAGGGAAGAUAGACACCUGCAGACCUGCAUCACUGCUCGUGAAGUGACCCCACUGCAGAGAACCUCUCGUUGGAUUCAAGUAGUUUUUCUCCGCCUGUGACUUUCCUUAAAGAAUUGCCAAGCUACCGGUCCAUUGCUCGCAAGAGGACAACCAUCCCUGCCCGGGACAAGCAGAGUGGCACUUUGCUGAAGCCGACAGACUCUUUCAGCUCCCAGCUGGAUAGAGCCAUCACAGAAAACUUCAAUAACCAGUCCAUUCGAAAGUAUGCACUGAAUAUCUCAGAGAAGCGGAGACUAAGGGACAUUCAGGAGACCCAAAUGAAGUACUUAUCAGAGUGGGACCAGUGGAAGCGGUACAGCAGCAAGUCUUGGAAGAGAUUCAUAGGGAAGGCACGUGAGAUGGCAUCCCAUUUGGAGCUGUGGAGGAAGGACAUUCGUAGCAUAGAAGGGAAAUUUGGUACUGGGAUCCAGUCCUAUUUCUCCUUCUUGCGGUUUCUGGUGCUGCUGAACUUGGUGAUAUUUCUCAUCAUCUUCCUCCUGGUUUUGCUCCCCAUCUUGCUCACCAAAUACAAGAUCACCAAUAGCACCUUUGUGUUCAUUCCAUCCAAAGACACAGAUAUCCAGUGCACAGUCUAUCCAAUCAGUAGCUCUGGACUCAUUUACUUUUACAGCUACAUUAUAGACCUGCUUUCUGGCACAGGUUUCCUGGAAGAGACCAGCCUCUUUUAUGGCCAUUAUACUAUUGAUGGGGUGAAAUUUCACAAUUUCUCCUAUGACCUGCCUUUGGCUUAUUUGUUAAGCACUAUUGCCUACCUGGCCCUAAGCCUGCUUUGGAUUGUGAAAAGGUCAGUGGAAGGGUUCAAGAUCAGCCUGAUCCGGAGUGAGGAACACUUCCAGAGCUACUGCAACAAGAUCUUUGCUGGCUGGGACUUCUGUAUCACCAACCGAAGCAUGGCCGAACUGAAGCACAGCAGCCUGCGCUAUGAGCUACGGGCAGACCUGGAGGAAGAAAGAAUACGGCAGAAAAUAGCAGAAAGAACCUCAGAGGAGACGAUAAGGAUCUACUCUUUGAGAUUGUUUUUGAACUGUAUUGUGUUGGCUGUUCUAGCUGCGUGCUUUUAUGCAAUCUACAGAGCCACUAUAUUCUCCCAAGAACACAUGAAGAAAGAAAUUGACAAGAUGGUCUUUGGAGAGAACCUCUUGAUAUUGUACCUGCCUUCUAUUGUGAUCACCCUGGCCAAUUUUAUCACCCCGAUGAUCUUUGCCAAGAUCAUUCACUAUGAGGAUUAUUCCCCAGGCUUUGAGAUCCGGCUGACGAUCCUUAGGUGUGUCUUCAUGCGACUGGCCACCAUCUGUGUGCUGGUCUUCACCCUGGGUUCCAAGAUCACCUCCUGUGAUAACUACUCCUGUGAACUCUGUGGCUACAACCAGAAACUCUACCCGUGCUGGGAGACCCAAGUUGGGCAGGAAAUGUACAAGCUGAUGAUCUUUGAUUUCAUCAUCAUCUUGGCUGUGACACUUUUUGUGGAUUUCCCAAGAAAGCUGUUAGUGACCUACUGUUCCUCUUGGAAGCUGAUUCAGUGCUGGGGGCAGCAGGAGUUUGCCAUCCCUGAUAAUGUCCUGGGCAUCGUUUAUGGACAGACUAUUUGCUGGAUUGGAGCCUUCUUCUCACCUCUCCUCCCUGCAAUUGCUACCUUGAAAUUCAUUAUCAUCUUUUAUGUGAAAGAGAUGAGUCUUCUUCAUACCUGUAGGCCUUCCCCAAGGCAGUUCAGAGCAUCCAAUUCUAAUUUCUUCUUCCUGUUGGUGUUGUUGAUUGGGCUGUGCUUGGCAAUAAUACCUCUGACAAUCAGCAUGGCACGCAUCCCGUCCUCAAAAGCCUGUGGGCCAUUCACCAACUUUAACACCACCUGGGAGGUGAUUCCCAAGACAGUGGGCACCUUCCCCAGCUCACUGCAGUCCCUGGUCCACGGCAUCACAUCGGAAGCCUUUGCAGUGCCCUUCUUCAUGAUCAUCUGCCUCAUUAUGUUCUACUUCAUCGCGCUGGCUGGAGCGCACAAGCGGGUGGUGGACCAGCUCCGAGAGCAGCUAUCUCUGGAAAGUCGUGACAAGCGCUAUCUAAUCCAGAAACUAACAGAAGCCCAGCGGGAUGUGAGGAACCGUGCAGACUGAUGAAGACAGCGCCGCAGAGCUGUUUGUGAGCUGAGCAAGUGGAUCUAAGAAUUUGGGCUGAUAAGUGAUCUUUAAGAAGACUUGACUCUUGUGAACAGUUCAACAGACUUAAAAUGAGAGCUGAUUCUUAAUGGAGAGAAAGACUUGAAUCUGUUUGGUGCAGCCAGUGGGAACGUGAUGGAGAACAUGGUUAUGUAAUUUCCGCUACCUUGCCGUAGUGAUAUGGAAAUGGAGAGAAGCUGGUUCCAGUUCUGCCUGUGAAAGAGCAGCCCCUGAAGACCAUGGAGUAAAUAAACCUCAAGAGGUGGAGAGAACCUGGCAGCCUGAAUUCCAUGGUGGCUUUCUGGCAUUGGGCAGCAACCCAGGAAAAGCUACUUUUCAGCACCUGGAACUUGACUGAGGCCCCGUGUCAUCAAAAUUAAAGUGGCAGCUACUUUUGUCUCCUAUGCGCCCAAAUGCCACUUUCAGUCCUGCACCAGCGGCUCCAUUUCUGAAGGACUUCUGCUUCACGGUGAAGGUGGAAAGGGUCUUUGAGUAGUUGAGCUGUGGGAUUACACUCAUUUAUGCCUGAGAAUACAGGUUGCAACAUCUGCCAAGCCUGGGCAGGUGUACCAAAAUGGACAGAAUGCUGGCCUCUUAAAUGCACAUAUCCAUAUUAUUAAAGGGCUAGUGUAUGUUUUCUUGUGCUUACAA